GAAAGAAAGGGAAGUUAGUUAGAGACGAAAGAAAGGGGAAGAAAGGAAAAAAGAACGAAAGGAACAACAAAAACGGAAAAUUCUCUCGGAAUUCGACUCAUCAUUAUCGUGGCGGAAUCGGUUGCAUUUCCGGUGGUUCUGGCGGCGGAGACGGCGGCGACGGCAGUGGUGGUGGCUGUGAGAGUCGUUUUGUGAUUGUUCUGCAACUACGACGAUCACAAUUCGGAGAACCCAAGCAAAGAAGACACAGUUUCAAUAAUGGCGUAUAGAAGGAGACAAGGAAUCACCAGGGCUUCCACUUUCAAAGAAGAGAUCCAUCAUCAUUCCGAUGAAUUUGAUCAUAAUUCCAUCUCUUCUUCUUCCUCUUCCUCUUCUUCUCUUGCCGCUCAGGCGAUCCGAGCUUCUGGUGCUCAUCGAGAUUCUUCGCUUUCCUCUGCCCUUGGUGGUUCUUCCUCCAAUUUUUCCGCUGGCCACAUGCGAUCUAAGAGUUUUGCUGGUGAACAUGUGACAUUCAAAAGUGAGUCGAAAUCGGGGUUUUGGGGUGUACUGGCUCGGAAAGCUAAGGCCAUUCUUGAAGAAGAUGAUAUACCCAUUGAAGAGGAAACAAGUAGGUUCCAGUCCAUUAAUACCUCAACCUGUAGCCAGGAGCCAUGUCAGUCUACAGAUUACGAUUCGAAAAAAUCAGACAAUCCUGCAGUACGAAAGGGUUUGGAUGCAAUCUCAACUUCGCUUAAUCAACUUGGGGACACAUUUGAAAAGGCAUUUGAGGAAGGUCGCUCAAUUGUGGAAACUAAGACUGCAGACAUCAUUCAAGAAACUCGUAAAUUGCAGAUUAGGAAAAAGGGCAAUAAUUCUGAAGGAUUAUUUCCUGCUCUGAAUAAUCCAUGGCAGCAACCGAGUAUACAGUCUCCAGAACCAAAUAUGCAAACACAUCAUGAAACUCAACUGAAGGCAUCUCGAGACGUGGCGAUGGCGACAGCUGCCAAAGCGAAGCUAUUACUUCGGGAGCUGAAAACCAUGAAAGCAGAUCUGGCUUUUGCUAAAGAAAGAUGUGCACAAUUAGAGGAAGAAAACAAAAUUCUCAGAGAAAAUCGGGAGAAGGGAGACAAUCGUGCUGAUGAUGACUUGAUUCGGCUUCAACUGGAGACUCUAUUGGCUGAGAAGGCUCGUUUGGCGCAUGAGAAUUCAAUAUAUGCCCGGGAGAACCGCUUCUUAAGGGAAAUUGUGGAGUACCACCAACUGACAACGCAAGAUGUGGUUUAUUUUGACGAAGGAAUGGAAGAAGUUACAGAAGUUUAUCCCAUAUCCACCUCUCCAGAGAUCACCAAAAUACUUUCUAGUUCUGUUUCCCCACGCUCCCCAACCUCUACAAACUCACCUUCUUCAGCUGCAGCCAUGGAAGAUCUUCCUGUUGUUCCUCCUAAACAAGACAAGGAUCAUCACAAACGCAGUGAUGGACACCCAUCUCCCACUACAGUUUUUGAGGAAGAAGAAGAAGAAGAAGGUACUGACAAAAAACCCUUGCCUUCUAGUACUUCUUCUUCCUAUGGAGUUUAAUUUUACUGUUCUUUAAACUAAAAAACUAUAAAAAAAAAAAAAAAAAAAAAAAAAAAAAAAAAAAAGAGUUUGUUCUUUUUCUUCCAUUGGGGAGGGUUGGUGGUGAUUUGAUUCUUUUUUUCUUUUUUUCAUUUAUUGACCAUUUUUUUGCUACUAAAAUUAACAAGUGAGAAUUGUAGAGUAUGCCAAUGCCAUGUGAAAAUUGUUGCAAAAUAAUAAAAUAUCAAUUUAUUCUGUUUUUGUUGUAUCCCACAAACAAAGAUUGUGAUGCAUUGAAAUAUUUAUUGUAUUUGCUUAAAGUAUGGCACCC